GCCUAGCUGACCGUAUCAGAUGCCAAGGAUAACGAAGCAAGACUCGCUUCACUUCCAGCUACGCGUAGCAAUGAGCAAUAAGUUAAAGCGAGCAUGGGCAGCUUACCAAAAGUACAAACUGAUAACACGAAUCAUUGCAGCCUUCGCUGGUGCGAUCGCAGGAAUCUCUGGCUUCGUAGCCUACGUGAAAGUUUACCAAAACUACAACGCUGCAACAUGGGCCGCCAUUUCGGCAGUCUUUGCUAUUUUGUUCCUCCGCAUUAAUUUUUCUGUUCGACGCGAUCACGAAAGACUCAUUACAAGGGGAACAUUUACGUUAUACAUGUGUGCUGGUAUAGUCGCUUUGGUGGCUGGAUUGGCUGCAACUAUCGCUUACAUUGAGCUCGGGGUGAAGGAUAACGAAAAAGGUAAGACAGACUGAUAAAAGAGCAAUUGAAUAUAUUUACUCACAUGACGCUAUCGACAUUGCUGGUCCUUGCAGCGCUCGAGAAGCUCAUUGGUAGAGUAAUGGGGCGCGGAAACCGCAGCCUGUAAGUACAAAAGUCCCUCAUUACAUUUGAGCACCUUACCACAAGCGGUUCAGUUCGUUUGCGGUCUUGAGCAACCCGAGCCGGCGUGAGGUUUUGCAAGGUAUCUGCUUUUAAAAAAUGUGCCAAAUCCCGAGCAAACCUUUACCGAACUCGUCUCAAAUAUUCCAUCGGACUGCAUGAGAAACGCGCGUCCUGAAGCGCUAUUAAUAAAGGCUUACUCGUACGCUGCGAAAACCAGUAGUCUGAUGUUCGAUUCCUCAUGGGGAAUCAUGCAGAAUUUUUUUCUCUGUUCCCCGCUCGUGACAUGAUGUAAAAUCAUCUUUCUUUCAGAAAACUUGUUUUCACUUGAACAAAUAAAACCCGUCACCUGAGAAGGCGAAGGAAGUUCGAAUAAGAAAGUACUUUCUCUUGCAUCCAGUUGUGUUUUAGGCAAUUUUAGGCUUCUCGAGCAGCAGGACGUUGCACUUAACAGCCAAGGGAAUUUAUUCAAAUACUUUGACCUUUCAAGAGCAGUGAGCUUUAUUAAGUAAACUUUUGAUGACAGUUCAGUGCAUGUCAAUUAUAUGUUUACAAAGGAAGCCAUCCCCCUGCUAACGUAUUCUUUCAAGAUCACAGAGGAGAACCAAGUAAUAUCAUUUUGCGCUCGAAGGCCGGUUUGUGGGUUGUUUUCUUUUUUUACAUUUUUCGCGUGUUGUUUAUGGACCUUUCCACUACUUGUGCGCACCAUGUUUCCAUCUACGCCAAUAAAGGGUAAAUGUCGCAUGCUGGGAAUGGUAACCUGUCUGAGCGCCCGUUUAGUACAGGAGUUUCACUAAGCCGUUGGGAGACGCGGUUCCCAAUUGUUAGCACGUUGAGCUCUGGGCCGAGAGUAAUAGAAAUAUUACUUUAUUCCCACAAUGCCUCUCUCUCCACCCAGGAGUAUAAAUGGGUACAGGUACAGGCGGAUUGUCAGGGAGGCCUGAUAUAGCGCUGGUGGGGUAACCUUGUGAUAGACUUCCAUCCCAUCCAGAGGGGAGUAAAACUUCCUAUAGAAACCGAAAUAGGCUCCGGUUGGAUGGGUCACUUGGGUCGAGUACAGAAUUAACCUGCUUUUUACUCGACUAAAACCUCCCAAAUAUUCACUUUAAAAUAUGAAUACGUUUAUAACCUUUACAGAAAUAACUGCCGACGGCUACCUGGUGGUGUGUAUUUGGACUAUUAAGUCUUUAGGCUGGGGUUUCUUCAUCUUCAUGUCUGCAAGGAAGUUUAAGAAAGAGUACCUUGAAUCUUCUCCUUGUUUGGUGCAAACUACGAAUCAAGUCUAAAGGCUAACGAAUUUUAUGCAAACACUGAGUAUCAGGCUGAAAUGUCUGCAUGCUCUUGUAUAUACUAAACUGUAUAAGUCAGUGGAUCGUUACGUACAGACAAGUACAGUUAAAAAUUGUUUAAAUUUUGUGUAGAGGACUUCAAGGUAGUAUAGGUUUUAAGUAUUAAUUGUGGUAGAGGAUUCAGAGAGGAAUUCUAGUAGAAUUUGAUUCAGUAAUUAUUUAGCGGACAACCGGGUGUAAAAAAUCGCGGUCGUAUAAGCGGUGUAGAAUUUUCUGAUCUUAAAGAUCUUAAAUUUCUGAUUGGGGAAGGGGUUCAAAACUCAUAAUUCUUCAAAGAGAAAGUUGCUUAAAUGUCUAAAAGUUGCUUAGAACGAUUCCACGAAAGUCAGCCUUGUUUUGCUUUUCAUAUUACCCAAAUAAAUAAGGAUUAUAGUUAUUUUCAUUUUAUUUUUUUACCUGAUUCUUAAGUUUUGGAAAAUUGAUGAGCGAGUCAUUGUCUUCUUUUCGCUGAAACAUUAUAUCACCGAACAAUCAAUAUUUCGAC